AUGAAUUGGGCACACGAUUGUUUAAGAAACACAACAACUUGGGUCAUUGGAGAUUCAAAUGCCAACAUGCUGUAUUUAAGUUUUUUAGCAAUUACUGGGUGUAUCAACAAAACUGGUGGCUGGCCACGAUCCUCAAUGUGUGUCGUUCAGCAACAUGGAAUUAAGAUCAUUGCAAUACCCCAUGAAAAGCCAAUAUAUGCUAAGUUACAGAGAGCUGAUCAUAUUGGCAGCAUUCCGGCAGUACUUGACAAUAUCAAUAGCACGGGAAAACACAUUGUGUUUGUUCAUUAUUACCUGCACUACACACCAGCACACCCAAGUGUGUUUUACCUGCGGAUGAAAGCUCUAAAAGCUGCAGUAGAAAGACUGGUGAAGAGAAACCCAAAUGUUCUCACCGUCAUACGCGGUCCUCAUGCAGCUAUCCAAGAUUGUAAACACAAUCGUGCAAUAGGUGGAGAUCCGUUAGCACCUCUUUAUAUUGAGAUAAUCAAAACCAUGUUUCGAGGCUUGGAAAAUAAGGUUUUGUUCUUGGAUGGAUGGGAUUUAACAAUAGCAAUAGAAAGUAAUGGAAUUCACCCGCCUGCUUUUGUUACGAGAGAAAUGAUCAAGAUUGCACUAUCUUACUUUUGCAAGUGA